AUGGAGAUCGAGAACAACAUCACUCAAAAGAUCCUGGUUACCAUCACUGGAAUGACUUGCAAUUCUUGUGUCAAAUCGAUCCAGGGCAACGUGGCUACCAUGAAAGGUCUUGAAAGCAUCAAGGUCUCACUAAGUCAAGAAGAAGGUGAAAUUGCCUACUUUCCUCAUCUCAUUGAUUAUCGUGCCAUUAUCAAUGAAAUUGAAGAUAUGGGCUUUGAUGCCAAAUUAAAAUCCAACCGAAUUGAUUUACAACUUAAGCUUCAGCCUUUCUCUUUUGACCGGAACCAAUUAACACAAAAUCUAAUGGAAAUACAUGGUGUAGAAAAUUGUAGCAUCAAUGAUGAAUUAAAUGCUCUCAUCAUACGCUAUAAUUGUGACUUAUUACAAUCACAUCGCAUUCUUAUCGAUUGCUUUAACAAAUUAAUGACUAUGAAAUCAAAUGAUAGUCAUGAUAAUUCACCCAAGCAAGCUAGCUUAGCUGUAGUAAGUGUUAUUGGAAUGACUUGUAACUCAUGUGUUAAAUCCAUCGAAGGAACAUUAUCUGAUAUGAAUGCGAUCAAAUUUAUUGGUGUAUCGCUUGAAAAGAAACAAGCUACAGUUCGAUAUGACAGUAAAGAAAUGACAGAAAGAGAUAUUGUCGAAAACAUCGAAGAUAUGGGAUUUGAUGCUACCAUUUUACAGACCGAAACUAACAAUGUAACAUACACUGUGAUGGAAAUUGAAGGAAUGAGUUGUAAUUCUUGUGUGCAACACAUUGAAAGCACUGUCAUCGAUCUACCUGGUAUUUACUACAUUCGUGUUUCACUACAGCAACGCAAGGCCGAUAUCUUUUAUGCUCAUGGUCAUGUUACUGUUGCACAAAUUUCUGAAGUUAUAACUGACGCUGGAUUUGAUGUAAAGAUUAAAUCGGAUGAAAACAAUAUCAGUGGUAACUCGUCAGACUCAUCCCUUAGCGCAAAUGGGUCAGAUAAUGAACCUAAGAAAGUUGCAACCGUUGAAGUCUCGACGACUUCUGUUAUACUUGGUGAAAACGAGGCACUUCAUUAUAUCAGUAAAUCACAUCAAUUUAACCAACGAAAGCAUCAAUCUAAUGCUGGCAAAAGCAUCAAUAUUGAUAACACACUUGCAGCAGCUAUGAAGUCUGUUCAACUCUCUAUUACUGGUAUGAGCUGCUCUUCUUGCGUUGCUAACAUUGAACGUGAAAUUAAGAAAAAGAAAGGUAUCAUUUCCAUAGCAGUAGCACUCUUAGCUGAAAGGGGCGAAGUUACCUAUGACGCAAACGUAACCAAUCCUGAAGCUAUUGUAAACGACAUUACCGAAUUGGGCUUUGGAGCGAUAAUAAUCUCAUCAGGAAAUAAUUCAAAUAGAAUCGAAUUAUCGAUUGAUAAUAUUGUUAGUCCCUCUUGCAUUGAUCAUGUUGAGAGCUAUUUUCGAGAUCGUCCUGGGAUUAUUUCUGCAAGCGUAUUUUUAUCGUCAGCAAAUGGUGUUUUUGAAUAUGAUGCUUCUGUUACUGGAGUGAGAGAUAUCAUUCGUGCAUUAAAUCAUCUUGAUAAUAUUAAUAACCCUAUUCAUUUACUCCUACUUUUAUGCUGCCUUGUGAUUAUAACAGGAACUUGGUUACCCUGCAUUACUUGCUACGAAAAAUGA